UUUCCGGCCAUUAGUGGCAUGUCCACCGACGAGGAUUCCCUGGGCAGUCCCCUCAAGCCGGCCACGCCCACACCCGGCGAACGGGAACGGGACCGUCCCAGAGGCGGACGAUCAGGAGCAACGGACCUGCUGCGCCAUCAGCAGAGCUUUGAAGCACGCUACAGCAGCAUUAUCCAGAAGCAAAUAUGGGAGACGAGCAUCAAUAAGGACGUACUGGAACGUCAGCUAAAUGCCUAUUUUCCCUUCUCAAGAAGUGCCUCCCUGACCAAGGAUGGAUCUGGGGCAUUUGAUCAACUCCUGCCGCCGGCAACGGGAGAAAGUGGCCUGAAGACUAGAUCUUUGGCCACUACACCAACUAGGCGACCGGGCGUUUGUCUGGAGAAGCUGGAGACGGUAGAUGUCGCCUCUCUGGAGCACCACAACACGGGAAAGUAGCAUUACAGAGCCAAGGACUUGGCUUACUCAUUCAUUGUGAUGUCCCUUGGGUUGAAAGGCAAUUUUUGAGAUUUUUAGAUUAAGUUAGGAUAGGUUGAAGAAGACCCCGGAUUCCAGAAUAUACAAUCA